AUGUCCAAAACUCGUGAAUUAAGUAAGUUGUCUAAAUAUAAACAAAAAGAUAUUAUACAAAAGUUCAAGUCUUCCUUGGACAGCUUCAAAGUUGACCAAGAAUACUAUUUAAGACCAAGCCCUCAGCUUUAUCACCAUUUGCUCGUCAAGGCUGAAUGCGAUUUUAUAAAUCCAGAAAUUGAAAUUUUUAAACGUUUAAAAAAUCGAAUAUCCAUUUAUAACAUUUUAUGGAAAGCUAAAGAGUUCGCAAGUUUUUUUAUAGCUUUGGAACGCUGUGGAAAAUGCAAUCCUGCUGAAAUUUCACGACGUAUUGGCACGAAAAGUGUACCUCAACAUGUUGAAAUUGACGUUCACGUUUAUCUUAAGAUUUCGGAAUAUGAUGUAUAUCAAGCUUUAAAAAAAUUCUCGAAAAUACACAACCCGGAUGAUACAGAUGAAGAUGACGAUCUUGCAGAUGAUAUAGGAGAAUCUCAAAAUUUCUCAGAUCAGAAUAUACAAGGUUAUUCUAGUAGCACAUAUGAUGAUGGAAGCUUCUCAAAUUAUGAAGAUUAUGAAGACAGUGACAGUUUAUUAGGUGAAGAUGAUAUGCAUGUUGAUGUACAACAAACGAAAACAACGGAUCAAAUUCCCAACGAGACUAAUGAAGAUAGUAGCAACGAUGAGUUCGAUAUGGAUGAUUCGAGACGUCAUACUAAAGGUGUUGCAAAUAAUAAAAUGGUCGAUUAUGAUGAUAAAAUCGAACUUAAAGAACAAAAAUUAGAUGAAGUAUAUGAGAAAGCAUUUUUGCGACUUUUUGUUAAUCCAACUGAUGCUGAAUCUACAAACAUUUCAAAUGAAAUAGAAAAUUUGGGCGUUAUAAUGGGAUUUUUGAUGAAUUAUCUGAUGAAGCAUUAG